AUGUCUGCCUCUAUUGUCAUAGUCACAGCCAUUCUGGCAUCACUAUCCUUUCUUCUCCUCAAGCAUACACUACGACCCCAGAAACCUCCCUUGCCACCUGGUCCCAAAGGCCUACCACUUUUGGGCAACAUCCGUGAUCUCCCACCACCCGGAACACUAGAAUGGCCUCACUGGCAGAGUCACAAAGAGAAAUACGGUCCGAUAACUUCAGUCUCUGUGCUGGGACAGAAUUUUGUCAUUUUGCAUGACAGACAGGUCAUCAUGGAUCUUCUGGAGACGCGAGCGAUGAAGAGUGCUUCACGCCCCAAGCUGGUCUUUGCUGGGGACAUUGUUGGAUACGACGGUGUCAUGGGCCUGAUGCCGUACAACCGAACCUUUCGACUGCAUCGCAAACUCACAGCCACCCAAGUCAGCCCCAAAUCCAUCACCCGAUUCGAGCCCAUCCAAGAGCUAGAGAUCCUCAGACUGUUGAAGAAACUCCAUCAAGAUCCCAACAGUCAGAAUCUUCCGGAUCAUCUGAACCAGGUGUCAGGCUCCAUCAUGCUCCGAAUUCUUUACAACUACGAGACAGAUCCCAAGAGAAAUGAUCACAUCGUCAGCAUGGCUAAUCUCGUGAUGGAAGAGUUUUCUCAAGCUACCGCUCCAGGUGCUUGGCUGGUGGACUUUAUCCCAUGGCUUCGACAUAUCCCAGAGUGGAUGCCCGGCGCUGGUUUCAAGAAGACUGCCAAACUGUUCAGGCAGCAUCUCCAUCAAAACGUCCAAGAUCCUUACCAAUACGUCCAAGAUCAGAUGACUAACGGCAAGGAUGAUGUUUCCUACGUAGCAGGUCUCAUCCAGGACCCUCAACGCAAAAUAGAUCCCGAGGAAGAAAGCGUCAUCGCUUGGACUGCAGCGUCGAUGAUGAAUGCAGGAACCGACACCACCGGCGCGACACUCCUUGCCUUCUUUGCAGCCAUGCUCCUCAACCCCAACGUCCAAAAGAAAGCUCAAGAAGAAAUCUCCCGUGUCACCGAAGACUCGCGCCUCCCCUCCUUUACCGACAAGUCAAACCUUCCAUACAUCACCGCCAUCGCCCAAGAAGUCCUCCGCUGGCACACCCUCGCCCCAAUGGGCUUCCCGCACAUGACGACUGAAGACGAUACAUACCGCGGGUACUUCAUCCCCAAAAACACUCUCCUCUUCCCAGCGGUAGCGUCUCUCACGCAUGAUCCUGAAGUCUACCAUGUUCCGAUGGAGUUCAAGCCAGAACGGUAUUUCGAGCCGUAUAAUGAGCCGUCACCGGCAGAUCUAGUGUUUGGGUUUGGGAGGAGAGCAUGUCCGGGACGCUGGGUCGCGGAUCAGACUCUGUUUUUGAGUAUUGCGCAGACGUUGGCGGUUUUUGGGAUUGAGAAGAGGGUGGAUGGGGAGGGGAGGGAGAUUGAGGUUGGGAUUGUGCUUAGGGACGAGAAGUACAGACACUAUGUCGAGUAG